AUGGAGUUAGAUCUGGACUGCUUCUUGCUUCCUCUCGAUCUCCAGGGGACCUCAGCCCCUAUGAUAUGCUCGUUGAGUGGAAAGUUGAGGGUUCUUGCAUUCUCCAUCAGACCGCAACAUCGCCGUGUGCGAACGUCCAGCGAAGCUACACCAACGAAUGUUGAAUCUCUCAAGCCGCAUCUUGGGCUUUCAUAUCUGUUUACUGUAUAUCUAUGGUCGUGUCAGUUGCCCAGACAUCGAAAAAAAGAAAAAAUCUUCAUGUUGAUAGUCAAAGAGUUGCUCCUGCACAUGCUUCAAAGAGCAAAUGCACCACUAACCUCUCUUGUGACUCAAGGCAGACUCCUCACCAAUUGGGCAGACGGAAGUGCAGCAGCAAGAAAUGAUCAUUCUCGAGUUGAUGAAGCUCCUGGCUGGGAAUCCUCCCUGCGCGUUUAA